AUGAAGAGCACAAACAAAAAACUGUCAGCGUAGGACGGCAAAUUGAUAUACGAAGGAGACAUUAUAACAGAUGAUAAAUCCAAGUAGGUCUUGUAUGAUGGUCCAGGAUAUCUAUUUAAUAAUGAAACGAAGUGUUUUUUCAAAGGGACAUGGAAAAGGGGAGAGAAAGUCUGCGGAAUAGAGACCUUCCCAAAUGGAGAUGUUUAUGAGGGUUAAUACAAAGAUGGAACGUUUCAUGGCAGAGGUUUGUUGUAUAAUAAUGUUCAACUCUACCCUGACAAGAAAAGUUAAUACUUGUAUGAUGGACAAUUUGAGUAGGGACAAAAACACGGCUAUGGUAAAGAGUGUUACAUUACAGGGGGAUGUUAUGAGGGAUAAUUCAAAUACAACUAAAAGCAUGGACAUGGGAAAUUGGUCUUUUCUGAUGGAUCCAAUUACGUAGGCGAUUUUUAAAGAGGUAACCAAGAAUGCGCAUAUCAAUCUUAGGCUUGCCGAAUGGAUUCGGAGUUUAGAUAGCCUACUCCAAGGAAAGAAUAGUUGCCACAUUCCCUCCUCCAUAUGACAACGAGAAGAGAAGGGAAGUAUAAAAGACGGAUGAAUUCCAAGAUGAUGAUGCAGACAAACAAAAAUCAGAAUUCUUGUAUGAAGGUGAUUUCGUAGACGGAUACAAGCAUGGAAUAGGUAGACUUUACUAUCCCAAUGGUUCCUACCUCUAUGCUUAUUGGGAAUACAAUAAGCCUGCUCGUGAUUUUGUAGAGUAUAUUGCUGAAGGGCAUAAGUGGAGAAUCCUCAAUGUCAAAUAGUUAUAGACUGAAUAGAGUAUUAAUUUCUUUAAGAUCAUACGGGAAUUUAAAUCUGAAUGGCAAGAGAAGUACCCCAUCAAAGGCAACAGUUACCCUCCAGCUGAAUUAGAUGGCUACAAGAGUCUCAUUGACGAAAAAGGGUUAAAGCGAGAGAAUUUCGAGGAUCCAGAAUUCGAUUUCUCUGAACAGUCCUUUAACAUCAAGGACGAAAAUGACUAGCCCAUUGGAGCACCCAUUGAAUUUGAGAGGAUAUUUGCAUCAAAGUACUUUAAGAAGAAGGAAUUCAAACUAUUCACAAAAGAGAUCGAACCUGGCUAUCUGAAAUAUUCAGAAUAAUAUUGCUGCUAACAAUUAACAGUUGUCUUAAAUGCACUUACAUUCCACUCAUAUUUGUUUGCUAAGGUGUUUUCUAGAAAAUACGAAGCUGAGUAAAUAUAAUAAUAAAUAAAAUAGAAUCGGAUUUUACUUUAUUAAACUAUUUUUGAAAAACGAGUGGAAGGAAUAUAUCAUCGAUGAUAGAAUCCCCGUAUUCAGAGCGGACAAAAUGCCCAUCUUCUCUAAUUCCGAGGAGUAGGAAUUAGCUUGGGUCAUUCUUUUUAAAGCAUUUGCAAAAUACAAUCAAGGGUUCCAAUAUUUUUCGAAUGAUAAAUUAAUGAGAGCUGUUGAGUAUUUAACAUUGCUUACCGGAAUGCCAACUAUACAAUUAACAGUCCCCAAUGUCUUUGGUGAUAAUCAAGAAUACUCUGAUUAAGUAUUGCUUCAUUUAUAUGUCCAAGUAAAAAAAAAUCUGGAGAACCAUGUCUUAGAAAUAUCAAAGUACUAAAGUCAGAAUCUGCUAUCUCUACAAAGACAUAGAGGAUCGAUUAAAGUUACCCAAAAAUACUGCCUAUCAAAUUGUGGACAUGCAAGAGACCUCUUAAGGCAAGAGAGAUGAAUCCUAUUAUCUACUUAUACUAGCAUCAAAUUAAAAGCUUGCUCUUAAAUAAGACAUUACCAAUUAAGUUUCCCUAGCUAGAUAGAAAUUGCAGGAACGAAAUCCUCAAGCUAGAGGCAACGAUUCUUACUUCUACAUGGAAUAUAAAGAUUUCAUCAAACAUUUUCAAUAUAUUGUAAUGCUUUGCGCCACCAGAUACCCGAUAUAAAAUUAAUAAUUGAUAGAGCCUGAAGAAAAAGAUAAGCAUAAUCACGAAUUAAGAUUCUUUUGCAAAUUUAAAACUAAUUUAGCUCAAGAUUGCUUAAUAUGUAUUACUUAGGACCAUUAAGAAAAAUCAGAUGAGUAUACUCUUUAAGAAAGUAAAGUUAUUAUGUCGAUAAUGCUUUAGAAACAUUUCCUGUGAGAAUUGUGCUAGCAAAGGAAAAGGACAUGUUUACAAAUAAGAAUUAAGUGAAGAAGAAGAUCGUUACAAGAUGGUCGGAGCAAGUCAAUCGUUCAAAAUAGGAAAAGGAAAAGGAUAAGAAAGAAGAAACCAUCAAAGCUGACAUGAAAUAUGCCUCCAUAUUUGAAUAAAAUUCUGAAAAAAAAUAGGUUAAACCAUACAAAUAUUGUUUUGGAAGAGGUUAAUCUACAGAUAAGAUGUUAUUUAAGGAUGCCUCUCUGGAAAGUGGAGAUUAUGUAUUGUUUGUAUAGGUUGAAACAGGGGAUAGCAAAGAAUAAUUCGAUUUAAAAAAGAUGAAGUUUUGGGUUACAAUUCACAGUCAGAAACUCAUACAGAUUCAAAGACUUGAUCAAUAGAUUCAGGGAUUCCAAAAAGCAGUGUAUGAGAGUGCAAUAGCAAUUGCAGAUAAGCAUUCCCAGGAUUCUCAAAAAAUCAAAUAUUUCCAUAAGGGAGAUCUGAGUGAAUAAGAGAAUGGCAGUAGUGACCUUGUUAUAACACAAUAUUUCAUCAAAAAGGAAGGAACUUAUUUGUAGCAUUUGAACAACAGAAGUACCAAUAAAAUUUGGAGGCAGAAGUUGUAUUUCAAGUUGGAUAACAUGUAAAUUAUUGAUCAUAGGGAAUCUCAAAAAUUGGACAUUUGUUUAUCCAAGAAACAGACAGCUCUGAUUAUAAUCUAAUAAGUGGGGGCUAAGAAGUAUAAUUUGGAAGGGGGAGAGGGAAUUUGCAUUGUGGACUUAUUGAAUGAUCAGAAUACAGAGGAGGAGCAGGAGGUGAAGAACCAAGAUGCGGGUAGUCUUCAUGAGGAUACUUAGCCAAAUUUUCAAUAGACUUCAUCAAAGCCAAGAUUUGGAAGUCUACUUUUUAAAAAGUGA